AUGUACAAUUCUACAACAGGAAAUGACGUUAUACACAUGCUGACGAAAAAUGGUUACAAUUAUAUGAGAGUAGAGAUGCUGAAAACAGACAACAAGCCAUUAGAGGCAGAAUACAGUCAUUUCUUUGUCGGUGAUGAAAGCACAGAAUAUAGAUUGACAAUCAGUGGAUUCACGGGGUUUUAUGAUUGUAUGACAAACAAGAAUCAUGGAAAAACAGACGCUAAUGGUGUUAAAUUCAGCACAUUUGAUAUAGACAACGAUCAAUGGAAUAAUGGAAUCUGUGCUAAUAAUUGUCAGUCGGGCUGGUGGUUCCAUUCUUGUACUUGUGGGAAUCUUAAUGGAUUGUUUGGAAUCAAGAAAACAGUUUCUGUGAUGCGUUGGAUGUGUGCAGAUGGGUGGUUAUGUCCCCUCAAAGCCACCAGAAUUCUGAUCAGACCACAGUAA